AUGUUAUAUAUCAGUCUACAGGCAGAGAAUGCUCGCCGUUUCGCCAAUACUGUGUCCAGUCGCCCAGACUUGGCAGCACUUGUCAAAGAAGUGCGACAUGCCGGUGAUAUGGGCUUUGCAGACUUUGCUGGCUACUCCGACUCUUUCUACGAAGCGCUCACCAAAUUGAAAAACCUACAAACCCUGGUCAUGAGAGAUACUCUCCGCCCAACUAACGAGUACACGCCACAGGCGGCAUUACUGGUAGUGCUUACCGAAAUUUACUACGAGGCCCAGGAUUCACGGGUGAGCAAUUGGUGUUUGGAAGAUUUCAUGAUGGAUAUGGAUGAUCAAGGCUACCCUCUUGGCGAUGCGUUGGAUCCGUUUGGCCUUGGAUUCCAUCCUUGUGAAGAGGACUUUUCACUCCAAGGCUGGGCGCAAGAGCUGGCCGAGUCCACAUAUUUCAGCCGAGACUACCUCAAGGACUUGAUUCCCGCACUGCGAACAUGUCAUAUUGGAACUGAUUCUCCUGACCCCGAGACGGAUAUCUAUCACUCUUCUAUCGAUUUUAAUGAGACAAUUUUCGCACUGCCACAUUUGCAAAAACUCUGCAUCACUGGCGCUAAAUUUUGGAAAUUUGGGUUGCAAAAAGCACCAAUUGACAAUCGUGCCGCGAGUCUAAAAGAGUUGCUGCUUCUCAACUGUUGUGUCCGCUGA